AUGAAAGAAUUUUAGAUCCACAAAUUUUAAAUUAAACUUAGACAGGUGAUUUGUUGAUAUUUCGUACAAAAGGAAUUCUAUAAAAUUUAUAAAGAUCUAUCACAAGAAGUGAUUACGAUCACAUUGUAAUGUUUCUUAAGAAUCCAUGGUAAGAUCCAAUGCUCUUUGAAUCUAGUAAUUAAUAUGGUGUCAUCUCCUUUAGUUUUAGUAUUCUUUUUAGUGAUAUAUUUUAGAACGCUUUGUCAGAUCCAUAUCAUACAAAAAUUAUGAAAAGUAAUAGUUCUUUCAAAUUCAAGGAUUCUAUACAAGCCCUUAUUAAAUAUGUCUGAAAAUAAUCGUAUCAUUAUGCAUGCUUAUGCUGAGGCACAAAUAGGAAAAGGUUAAUCUUUGAGUAUGAUGAAAUUCUUUAAGAGAAGUACAAGAUAAAAGUUUUUUUUUGUUCUUAAUUGAUUGCUUAUAUAUAUCAAUUGAUGGGAUUAAUAUCAGAAACAGAAAAGUGUUGUUCCUUUUUACCAGGUUUCAAUUAUAUUAUUAGAUAUAGGGAAUUUUACUGAUGAAGAUAAAAGAUUAGAUUUACUUAAAUCUGCUUAGCUAGGACUUGAUUAUAUUGUAGAUUUUGAUUAUCUAUAAUAAUGA